UUUCAUUCCAAAGCGACCUGAAACCAACACGCUGCCAUUGCCUACGCCUGGCAGAGGGUCUCUAAAGGACACAGUGUUUGCCAUUUUAACUCAGACCAACGCUGCUGAGUUCUCGCUCUGCAACACGCAGGACAGCAGACCAAAACACCAUGGGAAAUGAUACAAUAGACUUCAUCAACUUGCCCGAUACAACAGCAUUCGACUACAGUGAUUCCACACUUUGUCCUGGAACUGAAGAAAAGCACUUUGCAGCAAAACUUUUGCCACCACUUUAUUCUUUAGUAGUGAUAUUUGGCCUGACAGGCAACAUGCUUGUUAUCCUUAUCCUGGUAAAAUAUAAGAGGUUGAAGAGUAUGACUGACAUCUACCUGCUCAACUUGGCAAUUUCCGAUCUGCUGUUUGUAUUUUCUCUCCCUUUUUGGGCUUAUUACGCAGUUCACGACUGGAUUUUUGGGGAGGCGCUGUGUCGAAUUCUCUCAGGUGUCUACCUCCUUGGCUUCUACAGUGGCAUCUUUUUCAUAAUCCUGUUGACCCUGGACAGGUACCUGGGCAUAGUGCACGCGGUGUUUGCUUUAAAGGCCAGGACAGUUGCCUACGGCACCCUCACCAGCAUCAUCACCUGGGCUGUUGCUGUUUUAGCUUCUGUUCCUGACACAGUAUUCCACAAAACUCAGAAGGAAAGUUCACGUUAUACUUGCAGUGCCCAUUAUCCACGUGAUUCCACAAUAAAUUGGAAGUACUCCUUUAUUUUAAGGAUGAACAUUCUGGGACUUAUUGUUCCAAUGCUCAUUAUGAUCUUCAGUUACUCCCAAAUUCUUCAAACAUUAUUGAGAUCUAAGUGUGAGAAAAAACAGAAGGCAGUCAGACUUAUUUUUGUGAUCAUGAUCUUUUACUUCAUCUUCUGGACACCAUUCCAUAUUUCUUCUUUUUUGCAUACAUUUCAUCGUUCAUUUUUCACUCGAAAUUGUGAUAUCAAAGGCCAACUGGAGAAAGCAAUUCAAGUGACUGAAACAAUCUCAAUGAUCCACUGCUGUGUCAAUCCUGUGAUCUAUGCAUUUGUUGGAGAAAAAUUUAGGAAAUAUCUUCACGCCUUUUUCCGAAAGCACGUUGCAGCUCACCUUUGCAGAAAGUGUCCAAGUCUACAGGAAAAAUUAGAAAGAGUCAGUUCCACGUUCACAGCAUCCACUGCAGAGCACGACAUCUCUACUGGACUGUAAAAUUACAUCAGAACAUUAGUUAGUAAAUGUUGCACCACUUGCUUUGCCUUAAGGACUGCCUGAUGUUAUUUAAGAUCUUUAUGUCGACCACUACUGAAAACUGUAUGACCCUCAAUUCUUGUGGUUAACUGUUCCCUGGAAUUACAGCAUUUCCCAUUGUUAAACUAAGAGAAUCAAUGAGUUCUCCAGGAAAUAUUAAUACCAUACCUGUAGCACAUCAAGAUUUGAAUGGUACCCAGAAUAGUAUGAUUCUGUUUCUUUACAAAAAUUCUAUCCAGUGAGAUUUACCCCGUGGAAAUACAAUAUUGCAAAGAGUAAGGAGUAAUAGGUCAUCUCACAAGAUCCAUUUCUGUUAUGUGAACACUGUAAGAUAAACACUGGGAGGAAGCUUUGGGGAUUGAUCUACCUGUUUAUUAUUCAAUAUUAGUGAAGUACCUCUUGGAAAUGUCUGUAUUCUUUCUGCAACAUGGUCAAGCAUUUGAUAAGGAGAGGCUUUUAGUUUUCUUCCUUUUUCCCUCCUACUCCUUAUUUUCCCCAUGCAAAUAAAAGAUGUUUAAAGAAAAAGGAAUUUAAGCAUUAAUAUGAGUUAUAUCAAGAUAAUAUCCCUUCUCUGAUAGGAGACUUGACUGACCUUUUUCUUACUGGGACCAUUUAACCCAAGGGUUUAUCAGUUAGCCAACAGUGUAGCCAUUUUUGAACAUAAUCCUCUCAACUAGAGACUAAGUUAUAGUAUUUUGAUUUUAGUUUUUUAAUUUUAUGUCUGCCAUAUCACUGUUCUGUUACUGAUGUUUUCCAAAGUGGGCUGUUAAUCAGCAACAUUGUGAUUUUUGUGGGUGAAAUUUUUCAUGUAACUGUACACACCAAC